GACCUACUUCCUGUUUCCACUCAGUUACUUUUUGAAGUUCAGAUUCCAGGCAACAUAAUGAGAAUGAGCCGACGCUGCAUAGUUGAAUGAGCUUUCGUUCAUAUAAUGGCGCUUGUAAGAGGAAUUCGUGACCAGUCUGACAGUUUUACGAGCUAGACCGAGUUUCUUUUAUACGAUUAAGAGAGAGGAUAGAGCGCCACUGGAGCGGGACGCGACCCAGCAUCAUGCCCGAGGUGUCAAAGAUGAAGAAGCCCGACGUCAAGGUGGUUCUCCUGGGAGACAUGAACGUGGGGAAGACGUCGCUGCUCCACAGGUACAUGGAGAGAAAGUUCAAAGACACCAUCAGCACCGUUGGAGGGGCGUUUUUCCUCAAGCAGUGGGGACCUUACAAUAUCUCAAUAUGGGACACUGCCGGUCGUGAACAGUUCCACGGGUUGGGCUCAAUGUACUGUCGAGGUGCGGCCGCUGUCAUCUUCACGUAUGACGUCACCAACUGGCAGAGCCUAGCUGAACUGGAGGAGCGCUUCCUGUCCCUGACAGAUACUGCUAACCACGACUGCAUUUACGCCGUAGUGGGCAACAAGGCUGAUAUCACAGACCCUAAAGCCCAGCUGUCCCAGGACUCGGAUGUGGCAUCUAAGGACCGAACUGAGAUUGAGGAGGAGAGGACAGAACCACAGGUGCUGUCUGCUUGCCCCACACCCCCGGCUUCCCCUGUUUCCUUCUCUGGGAUAACGCUACACAAACAGGUCACCCCUGAGGAUGCAGUGGCUUUUUAUGGGAGAAUACUGCGCUACAAGGGCCUGGAGGAAAAGAGCAGCCUGCCUGCAGAGAAGAUGUGCUUCGAGACAAGUGCCAAGACGGGCUACAAUGUGGACACUCUGUUUGAGGCAUUGUUUGAUCUGGUGCUUCCUUCCAUCUUGAGGAAGAGAAGUGAGAACCAGGAGUCUCCUACAGUGGACCUGGAGGAGUGCAGAGGGGCCAGCAACAAGCGGGCCAGAUCUGCCUGCUGCUAGGGGCUAGAGGCUGUUACCAGCAGAGACUUGUUUUUAACAAAGGACAAUCAAGAGAUUGGUCUGCGUACCGAAUACGUACUGUGAUGGUACUACUUAUUUGCCUCGACUGAGAACCAAUAGCAUCAAUGACCUCCCAGUAACACAAACGCACAUUCUUGCUAGCAGCUAGCAUUCAUAGUGUCCGCUGACCUUUGAACGAAAGGAAAUCAACGCAUGUUGCGUUAUCGCUCUAUGCUUUAAAGCCUUUCAACCCAACGACUGAACCGCACUUGUAUCCCAAAGAUAUGCCUGUAGGCAAAUAACACACAUAAGAAGUCAACCACUGCUUUUUGUUAAUGUUUUGGACUGAGAAUGUCACAAAUUAUCAGUACUAAUUGUUAGGUGGGUGGCACUGUUUAUUAUUGUUGUAUUUUAAGGUUUCCACAAAUCACACUUUUGUUUUCUUUUAUGUUCUGUUACUAGCAUUGAUACUGAUCUUUAUAUUUUUUGGCACUUUUGGAUCUUUUUUUUUUAAUGAGUGUUAAUAAACCUGUCAAAUUUUUAACUACGCUGUCAUAAUAAAUAUUUUUACUUUGCAGUUUGCCCGAUUAGGUUAAGAUUGUGAAAGUAAAACGACACAAUCAGAACUAUAACAAACAUUUAAUCUUUACAAUCCAAUGAAAUAAUCAUGUAAGAAAAAUGACCAAUAUUAUGUUACAGUUAAUUGUCAGUACAUUCCUGGUCUAAUCAAACAGUUUAUUUCCAAGCGAGUGAAUCUAGGAGAUGUAGAACAUUUGACCUACUUUCUAAAUUGUGUAAAACACUAAUCUAUCCCAGGAUAAGUGACCACAGCAUUGAUUUGCUGCAGUCAGACCUUGACCUUUGAUUCGAGCUGUUUACAGACUGUCGUGUUGGCAACUCGGGACAGUUCAAUAAUUAGUAGAUUUGUAAAGGAAAAUGAGUGUGACAUGAGUAGUAUUAGAAAAGAUAUAUGUUUAAAUUCUUAGGGAGGGGGGUCAAGUUCAUUCAGCUGGUAUAAAUACAAAGAGAAUCAGUGCAUUGUGUGAACAUAUGGUGUAUGAAAAAUAAAAGAGUUACAGAUGA